AUGGAUGUUGAAGCCAGACUUGGCCCUGGAGCAGACGGGUUCCUGGACUGGGGGUCCCUGGAUGGGACAGUGAAGCCUCACCUUCAGUGGCUAAGACCCCAGGGUAUGGGACCCCCAGAUCCACAGCGUGAGGAGGAGGUCUGGGACGUUGAGGGCAUUGAGGCAGGUGCCAGGGCUCCUUUGGUCUGGGACCAUGGCCUCAAGGGCAGCAGAGCCUGGGUCCCACCCACAGCCGCUCUGCCACCCACAGACGGUGAGAAGCUGAGUGUGACUGACGGCCGAGGCAUCCGUGCCGCACUGGCCACACAGAGGGCAGAGGACUCCAGUGAGAGCCGCGAGGAGGAGCCGGUGUCUGAAGGUCAGGACCCAGGCAUGCUGUUUCCUGGGGGGGCUGGAAGACCCCUGGUACUCAACCUCACCCGUCAAGUGCCGGCGUGGCGGGAGGAGUACAAGGGGCAGGUGAACCUGCACGUGUUUGAGGACUGGUGCGGGGGCGCCGUGGGCCAGCUCCGGAGGAACCUGCACUUCCCGCUCUUCCCUCACACUCGCACCACCGUGAAGAAGCUGGCUGUGUCCCCCAAGUGGAAGAACUACGGCCUCCGGCUGUUCGGCUUCAUCCACCCGGCGAGAGAUGGCGAUGUCCAGUUCUCUGUGGCUUCGGAUGACAACUCUGAGUUCUGGCUGAGCCCAAACGAGAGCCCAGCAGGUGCCCAGCUGGUGGCCUUUGUGGGCAAGACGGGCUCAGAGUGGACAGCGCCUGGAGAGUUCACCAAGUUCAGCUCCCAGGUGUCCAAGCCCAGACGGCUCAUGGCCUCUCGGAGGUACUACUUUGAGCUGCUGCACAAGCAGGAUGACCGCGGCUCGGACCACGUGGAAGUGGGUUGGCGAACAUUCCUGCCGGGUCUGAAGUUUGAGGUUAUCGGCUCUGCUCACAUCUCCCUCUACACAGACGAGUCAGCCCUGAAGAUGGACCACGUGGCUCACGUGCCCCAGUCUCCUGCCAGUCAUGUGGGGGGGCGGCCCCGGCAGGAGGAGCCCAGAGCUGACAUGCUGCGGCCAGAUCCCCGAGACGCCUUCUUUCUCACACCUCGGGUGGAGCCCUCGGAUCUGGAGAGUGUGCUGGAGCCCUGCGCCUAUGCCCCAACCUAUGUUGUCAAGGACUUUCCCAUCGCAAGAUACCAGGGACUGCAAUUCGUGUACCUGUCCUUCGUUUAUCCCAAUGACCACACGCGCCUGACUCACAUGGAGACUGACAACAAGUGCUUCUACCGGGAGUCGCCGCUGUAUCUGGAAAGGUUUGGGUUCUACAAGUACAUGAAGAUGGACCGGGAGGAGGGCAGGGAGGAGGUGCAGCGCCGAGCCUUCCUCUUCCUCAACCCCGACGACUUCCUGGAUGACGAGGACGACGGAGAGCUGCUUGAUGCUGGCCUGGGGCCCACCGAGGCCCCCCGAAGGCAGAGCAGCCGCCAGCUCCCGGCCCCCGCAGCCCCCUCAGAGGCCCCAGCCACCCCCGCUGCGCUGACAUCCCGGCGCUCCCGGGCGCUGAGCUGGGCGGCCCGCCAGCUCCCCCUCUUCUUGGGCCGCGCCCCGCCCCCGCGGCCCGCAGCCCGGCCCUCCAAGGUGUAUGUGACACGUGUGCGGCCAGGACUGCGGGCGCCCCCUGGGGCCCCGCCGCUCGGCGCACGCGGCCCACCCCGGCCGCCCUUGCCUGGCGUCUUCCUGCGCCCCCGACCCCUACCCAGGGUGCCGCUGCGGGCGCCCCCACGCCCACCCCGGGCUCGAGGCCACAGGACGAGCAGCCCCCCGGCCACAGAGCUGAGAGCCCUAGCCCCAGCGCCGGCCACCCAGGAGGGCCAGGCGCGCGCGCCGGGACUCGCGGCCCCCACGGCAGACUCCAACUCGUCCUCUGAAGCGCAGCCUGUGACCUCCUUCCUGAGCUUGUCCCAGGUGUCCAGGCCACAGCUGCCUGGGGAGGGCGAGGAGGACGAGGAGGAGGAAGGGGACGACGACGAGGAAGGGGUGCCAGGCGACGCGUCAGAGGACAGCGAGGAGGCGGCAGGCCUGGUGCACGGCCGCUGGCACGAGGAUGCCAUUGACUGGCAGCGCACGUUCAGCGUGGGCACCGUGGACUUCGAGCUGCUGCGCUCUGAUUGGAACGAUCUGCGCUGCAACGUGUCUGGGAACCUCCAGCUGCCCGAGGCCGAGGCCGUGGACGUGGUGGCUCAGUACAUGGAGAGGCUCAACACGCGCCACAGCGGGCGAUACGCUCUUCUGCGCAUCGUGAACGUGGAGAAGCGCCGGGACUCCGCGCGAGGGAGCCGCUUCCUCCUGGAACUGGAGCUCCAGGAACGCGGCGGGCGCCGCCUGCGCUUGUCUGAGUACGUCUUCCUGCGCCUGCCCGGGGCCCGUGCCGGCGACACUGAGGAAGACAGAGAGAGUCCCGCGCCCGCCGCAGCCUCCUCCGCGCGCCCUGACGGCCGCCCGGAGCUGUGCCGGCCACUGCGCCUGGCUUGGCGCCAGGAUGUGAUGGUGCACUUCGUCGUGCCGGUGAAAAACCAGGCGCGCUGGGUGAUACAGUUCCUGGCAGACAUGGCCGCACUGCACGCCCGCACAGGUGACUCCCGCUUCAGUGUCGUCCUGGUAGACUUCGAGAGCGAGGACAUGGACGUGGAGCGGGCCCUCCGCGCAGCGCGGCUGCCCAGAUACCAAUACCUGAGGCGAGCUGGAAACUUUGAGCGCUCUGCGGGGCUGCAAGCUGGAGUGGACGCGGUGGAGGAUGCCAGCAGCAUCGUUUUCCUCUGCGACCUGCACAUCCACUUCCCCCCCAGCAUCCUAGACGGCAUCCGCAAGCACUGCGUGGAGGGCAAGCUGGCCUUCGCACCUGUGGUCAUGCGGCUGAGCUGUGGGAGCUCACCAGGAGACCCGCACGGUUACUGGGAGGUGAAUGGCUUUGGCCUUUUUGGGAUCUACAAGUCUGACUUUGACCGCAUUGGAGGCAUGAACACCGAGGAAUUCCGGGACCAGUGGGGAGGCGAGGACUGGGAGCUCCUGGACAGGGUCCUGCAGGCAGGGCUGGAGGUGGAGCGACUCCGAGUGCGGAACUUUUACCACCACUUCCACUCCAAGCGGGGGAUGUGGGGCACGCGCAGCCGCAAGGCCGCCCGAAAGGAGGCCCCUUGAGGACCAGUGACCCCUCCCAGCCCCACCCGCUGGCCUGUGUUGGCAGCUGGAGGCCAGGCCCAGAGCCUGGAUCCUGGGGACCCGGCGGGCUCAUCCCGGGGGCACAGCCACCAUCGUGCCUGCCCGCUUGGGCCCCCAGGCUUCUUGGCCCUCGGCCCCUCCCAGAGAGGCAGCCUCCACAGCGGGCGGGGCCCAGGCUCAGCCCCCAUGCCCUGUGCCAUGAUUUCUGUGAAAUUCUGCUGUAGCGAUGACAUUGUUUUCAGGAUUUCCAAGAGUUCUGUCUGUUCCAUUUUUUAUUCAGAAUGAAAUGAAAUAUUUUUUUUAGUUCUGA